AUCACUCCGUACUGCUCGUACACCUGCCAGCGGAAGGACUGGGCUGAUCGUCACAAGGCUGUCUGCCACAAUCUGGCCAGGUCCCCUGGGGGAAGGUUGGAAGGACAGCAGAUGAAUCAUUCUGAUGAUGCCCCGCCAAUGAUUCCCUCAGUUGUACCUCUAAGACGUCCAUACUCUCCCGCCAAGAGCUACAAGCGUGAAUCGCACCAUAGACAAGAUGAAGCAGCUUGCGAUAAUCAGAAUAAGAUAUUCACUCCACCCGGACAUAAUACAUCACGGCAAGGACCUCGCAACAACAAUCUCAACAAUAACCGUGGUAACAGCGUCAAUGGGCGUGCGAACAACAAUUACAACAGAAAUAGACCGGCUGUUGACAGGCGGCCGCCGGCGAAACAGGACUCGCUGGAAGACGAGAGCUGGGAGAACGGGGCGCCUUCCAAACAGGAGCCAAAUCAAGGUGCUAAGGCCAUUAGAUCACCAAAGAAGACUGGGAAUCCUCCCAAGAAUCAUACAAAUAAUACACAGUCAAAAACGAAAGAUCUAGAACCUUCGAAGGUUACCCAGGAAGAAUCCGGAAAUACAUCAGCCGGGAAUAGUCUAGUGUCCAGGACUGUUCUGGGCUUCAAAACUAAUGAGAUCAAAGCGCCUGGUUCCUUAACUGAUGUCACGCCAAUCAAGAAGCCUCUAGUACCGAAAAGCUACCUCAUAGAGCAGUUGAAGAUCAACGAUACAGUACUCCUCUCGGUGGAGAGCGCUGCAUCCGAAUGCGGCAUAAAGCGCAGCGGGUUCGUGUGCCUGUCAAUGCACGAAUCCUACCAGGACCAGUACCAGAAGCUCUGCGAGGACUACGUGUUCGACUGUGAAGCGGACACAGCGGCUUUUGCUCCAGCCAUUGGCGAGGUGUUCUCGUACCUGAGCCCGGCGGACGGUGGAUGGUACCGCGCCCGAAAGGUGGCAGCCAAUCGAGCUGCUCUUCUGGAUUCCUGCCGCCUGGUGGCGCUGCAGUCCACUGACAAGUGCAAGAAACUGCCGUCCAACUAUGAGGGCAUACCGGAAUUCGCCUGUUUGCUUAAUGCUAACGUCAAGCUCGGCGAGAACUUGACAUGCAAGAUACUAGCCAAACGAAAUGAUGGAUUCAAAGUGCACAUCGAGAAUAUUGAAACCAACAUAGUGGUCGGUGAAGGCGAGGUGUCUCGCUGGGUGCCAGAUAUAGAAUAUCCUGCAACAGCUCAAAAAUCGCCAGUGCCCGAGGUGAUCCGCCCAGCCGUAUCCAACAACAGCAAGGUGCUGUUAGUGGACAUGACAGAGUCGGAUAGGGUGUUUGUUCGUCCAGCGGAUCCGACAGCGAUGCGGCAAUUCGAUGAUCUGCUGCAGAAUGUGGUGCUAGCGGCAGCUAAUGCGAGUCCUCUAACGGAGCCUCCACAUCAAGGAGACACUGUGAUUGGGCAGUAUACCGACGGACUGUUUUACCGCGCCCUCUGCAAACGCACCAAUGUCAAGCAGAACAAAUAUCUACUGGAGUACAUUGAUUUUGGUAAUGUGGAGAUAACAAAACUAGAGAAGUUGUACGCGUGCCCAGAGGAGUACCAGAUGUCUGCGGAGCCUACCCUGGCAGCGCGGGUCACUAUACAGCUGCCAGCUGCAUUAACACCUCCCGCCGUUGAAUUCAUAAACAAGCUGAAGGACUCUAAUGCUGAGCUGAUGCUGACAAUACCGACUGGUGAAAAGACAGCACCGAGCGGCAGUGCGGUGAACCUAAUGGUGAUGAAGAACAACCAGUCGGUGGACAGGAGACUGGAGGAGCUGUGCACACCUGACUGGAAGAAGUUUGAGGAGAAAGGCGGUGAUGUCGUUGAUACUGAGCCGGUGAUGUACACUGACCUGGAGUACCUGGAGCUGCCGGCGAGGAACUGUGAGGUGGAGGUCCUGGACAUCAGCACGCUGCAGAGCGGUACCGUGUCGGGCUGCCAACUCAACGUCAAACAUGCAGACUUCGACAAACUCACCGAAAGGAUGGCCGAGUACUGUGACAGUGAACUGGGGAAAAUGCCAUAUUUGCCCAAACACGAAGAACUGUGCAUCGCUAAGUUUCCACCUUAUCCACAGUGGUUCCGCGCGGUGCUGCUUGAGCAGACACCCGGCCAGCCGGAAGCUGAGGUGUGCUAUGUAGACUACGGCAACGUGGGCUCGGUGGCAAUCUCUUCACUUCGCAAGAUGCUGCCGGAGUUCGUGCGCGGUCAUCCGGCCGUAGCUUCUCAACUCGAGAUCAAAGAUUUCCCUAAAGAACCCACAACGGAGAUGCUAGCACGGGCUGUGGAAUACAUGAAAAUCAACGACGAAGGGCGCGGCGUGUUACGAGUCGCUCGUUGCAUCAAACAAGAGCCAGGGUUGUAUAUCAUCGAAGUGCCAGACCUUAUAUCCGCUAUGAAGGGUUAACUGUAACUUAACAGUGUUUUAAAAUAACUAUUACAGUUACUGUA